GGCGUGUUUCAAGAAGCUUCCGCGGAUCCUGAGCUUCAACACCAUGAGAUACACCUUCAACAUGGUGACGAUGAUGAAGGAGAAGGUCAACACACACUUCUCCUUCCCGCUGCGCCUCGACAUGACGCCCUACACCGAGGACUUCCUCAUGGGCAAGGGAGAGCGCAAAGAGGGUUUUCGGGAAGAAGGAGAGGCAAAAGUCACGGAGAGCUACGAGUACGACCUCAUCGGCGUCACGGUCCACACGGGCACAGCAGACGGCGGCCAUUACUACAGCUUCAUCAGAGACAUCGUCAACCCGCACGCCUACAAGAACAACAAGUGGUACCUGUUCAACGAUGCCGAGGUGAAGCCCUUCGACUCGGCCCAGCUGGCCUCUGAGUGCUUCGGAGGAGAAAUGACGACUAAAACCUACGACUCUGUCACGGACAAGUUCAUGGAUUUCUCUUUUGAGAAGACACACAGUGCCUACAUGCUGUUCUAUAAGCGAGUGGAGCUGGAGGAGGAGAACGGGAAGGACUUCAGUUUUGACGUCUCUCCUGAUCUGCUGGAGUGGAUUUGGCACGACAACAUGCAGUUUCUCCAGGACAAAAAUAUAUUUGAACACACUUACUUUGGUUUCAUGUGGCAGCUCUGCAGCAGCAUCCCCAGCACGCUCCCCGACCCUAAAGCCGUCUCCCUCAUGACCGCUAAGCUCAGCACAUCAUUUGUCCUCGAGACUUUCAUCCACUCCAAGGAGAAGCCCACGAUGCUGCAGUGGAUCGAGCUCCUGACCAAACAGUUCAACAACAGCCAGGCCGCCUGCGAGUGGUUUUUGGAUCGAAUGGCGGAUGAUAACUGGUGGCCGAUGCAGAUCCUCAUCAAGUGCCCCAAUCAGAUAGUCAGACAAGUGAGUUUUUCAUCUGAUAUAACAUCAUUUUAA